GAAGGAAGGGCCACCGAUGGUUUGAUUUUGAGGAAUUCGAACUGUGUGAUGGUAGCUUUCUUCGGCAAAUUGUCUAAAAGCUUGGUAAGUUUUAUACCAAAACAGUUGUCACAAGAAAUCCUAUCACAGAAGCCACAAACUGCAGUACCCUUCUCCCAGCUUCAAGAGCAACGCAAGAUUUUAGAAUCAAAACUCGUUUCCAUCCUCGAUGGUUGCAACAGUGUCACCCAAAUCCAGCAAGUCCACGCUCACAUCCUCCGAAAUGGCCUUGACCAAUGCUGCUAUGUCCUCGCCAAGCUCGUACGCAUGCUCACCAAAUUCGAAGUCCCUGUGGGUGGUUAUCCUAGGCUUGUUUUUGAGCAGGUCAGGUAUCGGAAUCCAUUUCUUUGGACUGCUCUUGUUCGUGGGUAUUCUGUGCAAGGUUUUGUCAAAGAGUCGGUUUUUCUUUACGGUUGUAUGAGAAGAGAAGGUAUUGGACCUGUUUCGUUUACAUUUACGGCGCUUUUUAAGGCUUGUGGUGAGAUUCUUGAUGUGAAUUUGGGUAGGCAGAUUCAUGCCCAGACGAUUUUGGUUGGUGGGUUUGCUUCUGAUUUGUUUGUUGGCAAUACCAUGAUUGAUAUGUACGUCAAAUGCGGGUGCUUGGAUUCCGGCCGUAAGUUAUUUGAUGAAAUGCCAGAGAGAGAUGUCAUUUCGUGGACUGAGCUGAUUGUUGCUUAUGCGAAGAAUGGGAAUAUGGAAUCUGCAGGUCAGUUGUUUGAUGAAUUGCCUGUGAAGGACAUGGUGGCGUGGACAGCAAUGGUCACAGGUUAUGCUCAGAAUGCUCAGCCUAGAGAGGCGUUGGAGUUUUUUGAGAGAAUGCAGAACGCAGGUGUUAAGGUGGAUGAUGUUACAUUGGUUGGUGUCAUUUCUGCAUGUGCACAAUUAGGUGCUGCAAAGUAUGCUAAUUGGGUUAGGGAGGUAGCUGAGAGUUCUGGGUUUGUACCUGCUAAGAAUGUUGUCAUAGGAUCGGCCUUGAUUGAUAUGUACUCGAAGUGUGGGAGCCUAGAGGAUGCUUGUAAGGUUUUUGAGGCAAUGGAGGAAAGGAAUGUUUUUUCUUACAGUUCAAUGAUUGCUGGGUUUGCCGUGCAUGGUCGUCCUCAUGAUGCUUUGCAGUUGUUCAAUGAGAUGCUGGACACGGAGACCAAACCAAACAGGGUUACCUUUAUAGGAGUCCUUACAGCAUGCAGUCAUGCAGGAAUGGCAGAAGAAGGCCGUCAGAUAUUUGCAUCAAUGGAGGAAAGAUUUGGGGUUCCUCCAUCAGCAGAUCAUUAUGUUUGUAUGGUGGAUCUUCUUGGUCGAGUUGGGCAACUGGAAGAAGCACUUCAUCUUGCAGAGACGAUGCCCUUGGAGCCUAAUGCUGGUGUUUGGGGAGCAUUGCUAGGAGCAUGCCGCAUUCAUGGCAAUCCUGACAUUGCUGAGAUUGCUGCUAGCCAUCUAUUUAAGAUGGAGCCUAAUGCUAUUGGCAACUACGUCUUGCUUUCUAACAUAUAUGCAUCAGCAAGACAGUGGGAUGAUGCUUCGAGGAUAAGGAAGCUGAUGAGAGCUAAGGGUCUGAGAAAGAAUCCUGCUUGUAGCUGGUUAGAAGCAAAGAAGGGGGUAGUUUAUGAAUUCUUUGCUGGGGAUCUAACUCAUCCAGAGUCUAGUAAGAUCAUGCAGGUGCUUGAGGAUCUUCUGGAUAGAUUGAAGAUUAAUGGCUACCGGCCACACCUGAGUGCUAUGGCUUAUGACGUGAGCGAUGAAGACAAGAAACGUCUACUACUAACUCAUAGCGAGAAGCUAGCUCUGGGAUUUGGACUGCUUGGUACAAGUUCUGAUUCCAGCAUAAGGAUUAUGAAGAACCUAAGAAUAUGUGAAGAUUGCCACUUGUUUAUCUGUGGAGCAUCUCAAAUCACGGGAAGAGAGAUAAUUGUUAGGGAUAACAUGAGGUUCCACCAUUUCCGUGACGGGCAAUGUUCCUGUGGUAACUUCUGGUGAUUGAAUCUGGGAGCUGAAUUCUUGGGUUGGGUUUGGCCUUUUGAAUCCCCUUUGUAACAGGGAGGGUCUUGUCAUGAUACAGUAAUUUGCCUCAUCAAUACACUGAUACUAGAUAUCUAGCAAUUCUUUUCGUUCAUGUAGUUGGGUAAGGAACUUACAUGCUGCAAAAUUUUGGAAUUUGUAGCCCUCAUCCUCAACGAGAUUAUAUUAUGACAGAGUGAAGGAAAUGUCCAGGAACCCAGAAACAUAGUGUCAAGAUCAAACCCCGGAGUUGCAUUGCUUCAGAACAUGGGUACUGGCUUUUUUGAUCAUUUUUGUUGAUUUAUAGUGAAGUCUUUCUAAUAAUUUAUGUUCAUUUAUAGUCAAAAUAUAUACUGGGUUCGUUGCUUUCCUCUUCUCUUUUGGAAUAAAAGACUGUUAUAUAUACUCUCGAGGAAGAGGAAGAUGGCCGGCGCAUUGCAGCUAUGAUCCUUGGAAUAAAAAUUUCAACACCACGAGGAAUAUUGGUUUGAAUGAAGAGACUGCUGAUGAGAGACGAUCAACUGAAUUUACAUGCAAUAAACCUGAAAUUAACACACAGAGACGGG